AUGUGGUCUAUUCUAUUGACGUCUGCCAUAUUAUUGUACUUCAUAUACCGUUUACUGAAAUUUUGGAUUUUCGAUCCCAAACGAAUCCAUGAUGAUUUAGCAUCCCAGGGUAUUCCAGGUCAAUAUAUUCCAAUUUUUGGAGAAAUUCUUAGUAUUCGUCGUGCUGCGGAAAGAGGCGACCCACUUUCUCAUUUACGAUUAUUACGAGAAAAAUACGGUCCAUAUUAUCGGUCUUCAUUCGGUCCAAUUGCUCGUUUAUCAACGAGUGAUCCCGGAUUAAUCCAAGGUAUAUUGAAAAGCAAUGCGCGUUGUUAUCACAAAUCAAACCUGAUGCAAAUGAUCUUGGGCACAUUGCUAGGCCACGAUAGUCUUUUAAUGGCAGAAGAUAAUGUUCACAGUCAACAUCGCCGUUUGAUCGCGCCUGUUUUUCAACAUCAAAAUAUCAAUUCAAUGAUUUCGUUAAUGAUCGAAAAAACAUCGAACUAUAUCGAAAAAUGGCAGAAUAAUCUACGAGAAACUGCUCCGAAAGAUUUUGUAGUGGACAUGCACGCUGAAAUGGCACGCUUAACAUUGGAUAUUGUCACGGGAUGUGUAUUCGGUGAUGGAUUAAUGGGAAAUAAUCACGCACGAAAGAUCAUCUAUGACAAUGUCACAACAACACUAGCAGAUGUUGAAAAACGAAUACAUAACAUGAUUGCGAUCAUACCGAUUGUUAAUCGCUUACCUUUACCAAGUAAACAGCGGAUUGAUAAGUCGAAACGCGAUGUUCGAAUUGUUAUUCAACAAAUUAUUGAUGACAGAAAACAAGGUUUAACCAAAUCUUCUUGUAAAGGACCUGAUCUUCUUGAUUUGAUCUUAGCAGCACGUGAUGACGAUAAAAUAAGUAAAUUUACCGACAAAGAAAUCUACGAAGAAACUCUCACCUUCAUCAUUGCUGGCCAUGAGACAACAUCGAAUCUGAUGGUUUGGACAUUUUACAACUUAGCGAACAAUCCCGAUGUGUAUCAACGAUUAGAAAGUGAAAUCGAUUCAGUAUUGGAUGAAAAUGAAGAGAUCUCGAUUUCUACACUUUCACUGUUGACGUACACAGAAGCUGUUUUGAAAGAAUCUCUUCGAUUACAUCAACCUGUGCCGACACUUGUUCGAAAAGUAGUAGAAGAUAACACAUUGACUGCCAGUGAUGGAAAGCAAAUUCAUAUCAAGAAGGGUACCGAUAUUCUUAUCGAUAUAUACGGUCUUCAUCACUCGGAAUUGUAUUGGUCGGAGCCAAUGAAAUUCGAUCCAUCAAGAUUCACUGGACGUCAUGCGGAUACACUUCUACCGUUUUCUGCUGGGCCUCGUUCAUGUAUUGGCCAAAAUUUCGCCAUGUUAGAAGCAAAAGUAAUGUUGGCGAUGCUCGUAAAACAUUUUCAUUUCGAACUCGUACCGGGACAAAAGCACGUUCCGGAAAUUGUAAUUACAAUGAGGCCGAAAUAUGGUAUGUGGACAAAAUUAUCAUUACGAUGA